AUGAAGACCGCCUUUUCGUUUAUGAUGCUGACAAUUUUGGCAAUUAUGAUGACGUCAGUAAUAUCACGUGGCGUUUCGUCCCGUCGCGCCUAUAGAGGUAAGUUACUCUUGCACUCUAUUGUUCAAAGCGCUCAGAAUUGUACUAUAUGUUAAUGCCCUUAUGGCAUUUGAAAAUAAAACUGUUUCUUACUAAUAUUAUGACUUCAUUAAUCUGAUAAAGACUUAGUAUUUGAAAGAAAAUAAUACCCCUGGAACAAGCUUUCAGCUAUAAACGACAUUUAGCAACUAUUGAUUGCAUCUUCCAAAUAUGGCAAGUGCCGGCUGGUUAUAGAGAAUUAGCUGGGGGAUUGGAGCCAAUCAGAAACGACGAAAUAUUUGAAAGAAAUUAUAACUUUAAUUAUCAGUUUCAUUUUUUCUUCCCUGGGCUUUUUUUAAAAUUCUCCUUUCAUUUUCUUUUCUCUCUUUCUGGGAGUGUUCAUGGUUUGUUAGAUAUAAGUCAAGGUGAAGUUUGUUAUUGAUUUCUAGCUGGAUUUUUAAAAACGUUACUUUAAAAUUGCGGCUCUUUCGUCCAAAGUAGCCAAAACUAAAACACUAACAUUACAAUCAUUGCUUUUUUUCUCUUCUCCUCUCUUUUUUCUCCUCGCUCCCUUUAUCCAACAUUUGACAAAUUGAACGACAUAGAAUAUGGUGGAUGAAUUUUGAAAAAGCGUGAAUUCACUUUUUAAGAGACGUUUUCGCCAAAGUCGUCGUCUUUGUUGCGUAAACUCCUUUGAAAAUAAAAGAAACGAUUCCGUUAAAUCAAAUACAGUCCCAUGGUUGAAUUCGAACAGAACCAAACCAUUUUCUCGAACAAGCUCACCAAAAUAGCCACUCAAGGCUGCUAGCACCAGGCCCUUAGGAUUGUAUCGCGAGCAGAUAGCUCCCUUCUGGGCUCGUUCGCUCUCUUCGGUACCGCAAAGACUCGACUCGACUUCUUGCAGUCUGUCUUGACGGGGUAGCACUGAAAAAUUACCUUGCUUACUUACUUCUUCACUUUACAAUUUCAGAGCUUCGUGCAAGAUACUUCAGAACAAAGGCUGAGUUUGACAGACCCGCCUACAUGAAUGAACCAGCUGAAGAAUGCGGAAAGUGCUUUCCAGGAUGCUAUCAGGUAGGGGACAAUGGAGAUCAGAUUAAGACGUGUGCGUCAGAAUGCCACUGUCCAAAGAAACGAAAUGUGGACGUUUACUUUGACGAACCUUUUAUGGACGCUAAGGAUCCAGAAUUUUGUGGAGAAUGCUUUCCUCCUCCUGGCGGAUGUUAUCAGGAUGGUGACAACACAGACCAGAUAACCACCUGUCUUGAUGAAUGCAAGUGUGUUUAGUUCACCUAAGCCUAGCGCUCAGUGUCACGCCAGUUAUUUUGUGACGGAUGGUAAGAAGAGAAGAAAAAAAACUGUAUUCAGUAGUCUUAAAAAUUAUUAUUUGUUUCUGAUAAAUAAUCUGUGCCAACAUUUAGAUUAGGUAUAAAGUGGUUCAAAGAAUUCAUGAUGUGAACAUGUGAAAGCAGUGAAAUCCGUCUUGGCAGCCUUUUAAGUGAAUUCUUGUUAUUUUCCUGACAUGUCGUCACAUUCUAGAACAGAAAAUAGAAACGCGUCCACCCUAUUAAGCUUAGGACGACCUCCUUUCUAAUUUUCCGUGUUGCCAUCUCCGUAGGGCCCUUUCUCUGAACAGAGCUUGGGAUGUUUGAAUUUUUUAAAAAGCUUUUGGGUUGAACCAAAUUAAAAAGGCGAUCGGGAAGGCUGUCACGUAGGUAAAGAAGAUGACUUUGUCGUUUUCAUCGGAAGGCGAUACGGAAAUUUUAGGAAGGGAAAAUCAGGUGCACGCAAGAACGCGACUGAAGGUACUGGGCAACGACUUGCUGUGAUCAGGCUUUCAUUGCGGAAGUGAAAAGUCACUUGUUUCAGACAAUUGAAUCUUCUAUACGCUAAAUAUGACAUGUAUGUAGGUGUGGCGCCAAUCAGCGAAGCUUUGUUUUGAAAAAUUGGGCAGAUUUAAACCGCUAUAGUCUGAAAUGGGGCAAGAAUUGUGUCCUAUGUCUAGAAAUGAGAUGCGGAUUUUGGAGCAAUCUCUAGAAGAUUCAAGGUAGAGAGGGAAGGAGGAAACCAAUAAGGCUUAUCCACAUUGGAACUAUUUGGGUGAAGUAUAACCACUCAAGUCAGCAUCAGGAACGUACUCGUUU